GGGCGGCGGCGGUGGAUUGGUGAGGCCCGGUCCCAGUCCUGGUCUCGGUCCCGGACCGGGAGGUGCCGGUGAAGAUGCCGGGCGGGCGGGUGUGCGCUGCCUGCGGCUGCUCUGAGAUCGAGGUGGACGCGGCUCGCGGGGACGCGGUGUGCACGGGCUGCGGGUCGGUGCUGGAGGACAACAUCAUCGUCUCCGAGGUGCAGUUUGUGGAGAACAGCGGCGGCGGCUCCUCUGCUGUGGGACAGUUCGUGUCGCUGGACGGUGCUGGCAAGACACCAACUUUAGGAGGAGGAUUCCAUGCCAAUCUGGGAAAGGAGUCACGAGCACAAACUCUGCAGAAUGGGAAACGUCAGAUUCACCACUUGGGAAAUCAGCUUCAACUCAAUCAACAUUGCCUGGAUACUGCCUUUAAUUUUUUCAAGAUGGCUGUGAGCAAGCGCCUAACCCGGGGAAGAAAGAUGACCCAUGUCAUUGCUGCAUGUCUCUACCUGGUGUGUAGGACAGAAGGAACUCCUCACAUGUUACUUGACCUCAGUGAUCUUCUUCAGGUGAAUGUCUAUGUGCUGGGAAAAACUUUCCUUCUGUUGGCCAGAGAACUCUGCAUAAAUGCUCCAGCCAUAGAUCCAUGUUUGUAUAUUCCUCGUUUUGCACACAUGCUGGAGUUUGGGGAUAAGAACCACGAGGUGUCCAUGACAGCUCUGCGGCUGUUGCAGAGGAUGAAGCGGGACUGGAUGCACACCGGCCGCCGCCCCUCGGGGCUCUGUGGAGCAGCUCCUGCUAGUGGCAGCAAGAAUGCAUGAUUCCGACGUACCGUUAAAGAGGUCAUCAGGGUGGUCAAGGUUUGUGAGUCUACAUUAAGGAAAAGUCAGUUGACAGAGUUUGAAGACACACCAACGAGUCAGCUAACCAUAGAUGAGUUUAUGAAGAUUGACUUGGAAGAAGAAUGCGACCCUCCUUCAUUUACAGCUGGUCAAAAAAAACUGAAGAUACAACAGCUUGAGAAGGCAUUAUCAAAAAAGCUGGAGGAUUUUGAAGGUGAAAUAUCAAGCUAUCAAGAUGAAAUAGAGAUUGAAUUAGAAAACAGUAGACCAAAAGCAAAAGGCGUAUUUGCAAAUUUCACUAAAGAUGAUUCUAUAGAGGAUAACAGCUCUAGCCUACUUGGAGAGGAGGAGGCAGAUGAGGAACUAGAAGCAGCUGCUAAUCACUUAAACAAAGACUUUUAUAAUGAACUUCAUGAGAAUGACACAGUAAAAAAAAAUGACGAGGAGGAAUGCAAAAAUGGAAAUGAAGCUCUUGUAAGACCACCUGCACUGGAAUCCUUGCUUGGCCCACUCCCCACUGCAGCUAGUCUUGGCAUUACAGAGUCCAUAAAGGAAUGUAUCUACACUAAGGACCGAGAGCCUGGUGAGAAUACAGGAGACGGUGAAUUAGAUCUGAGUGGGAUUGACGACAGUGAAAUAGAUCGGUAUAUACUUAAUGAAGCAGAAGCUCAGAUAAAAGCAGAGCUGUGGAUGAAAGAAAAUGCAGAUUAUUUGAAGGAACAAAAAGAAAAGGAAGCAAGAAUAGCAAAAGAGAAAGAACUUGGGAUUUAUAAGGAACACAAGCCAAAGAAAUCUGCAAAGAAGCGGGAGCCAAUUCAAGCCAGCACAGCAGGAGAGGCGAUUGAAAAGAUGUUAGAGCAGAAGAAAAUCUCAAGUAAAAUUAAUUACAAUGUGCUAAGGGACCUGAACAGCAAAGGAAGUAACACACCAAAGAAAGAGGAUGACAGCACUGAUGACAGCACCAACACCAAGAAGCUGUCAAGAAGAAAAUCUAUUGCCAGUAGGAAUAUAGCCAACCCUGUAAACAGUGUGGGAAAAAGAUUAAGACCCUUGAUUUCAACACAGUUUGCUAAAAAGGCUGCCACUGAAGAGGUGACCUUUCCAAAUUCACAAGCAGAAACCCCGGAUGUAGAAAAACCAGCAGCUGUGCUGGUGGAGAGUGGCCCAGUAGCUUAUAACCCUGAAGAAGAGGUGGAAGAGGAAGAAGUAGAAGAAGAUGAUGAUCACUGCAUGAGUGCCUUGCAGCUGAUGGGAGGAAACGAUUAUGGCUGUGAUAUGGAUGAAGAUGAUGGCUAUUAGUUCCAAUUGCUUCCAAAGAACACGGACUCUGUCUUGUUCCCAGCAAAUAUUCAGUCUCCAAACUGUGUGAAUAGUGAAAGAAGCUGUCUGUGGUCAGCAAAUUUAAUUGAACAAUCCUUACUUUUGUAAAGUGAAUUUGAGGUUGACAUUGAUUCUGGUCAGUUUACAUUAACCCAUAACCCAGCAAUAAAAGUUGGGUUUGUACUUGAAUUUUUUUUUUUUUCUUGGUGGAUCAUAGUUUGGGGAUGAAAUUAAUGGGAGUAAUGUUUCCAGAGAACAAAAGAAAAGAGACAAUAUGGACUGUGUUAGUGUGGCUGAAAGCAUCGCAUCUCUUAUUUAUAUGACUGCUUUUAGGCAUGCUGUUGAAAGGGAGCAAAAAGAAAGACAGGUAAAACCAAAAAGCCUGUUUGUUGAUUAUUAGAGUACAGUAGCAUUAGUUGUCUCUUAAUGGUACAACUGAAAGAAAGAAAGCAUCACCAACCCCUAUUAUAAGCAUGACCCUGCUAUUGUAUGCAAGCUUCCUUACCCAAGCCUAUCAAAAUUUAAUGCCAAGUUCUAUAUCUGCAGGGCAGUAUCGGUUUCUCUGAAAUGAAGUAAAUACUUAUUUGUAUUAAUCAGUUCAUAGGUUUCUUGAAAGAUAUGAAAAUAGUAGGCAAUGUUGGCAGCAAACAGUCUCCUCCUUCUCUGAGUCCCUGGCGGUUUGUGUGGAAGGAGGGAGGAGACCUGGGUGAGGCAAGAAAUGUAGAGAGCAAGCAGGGGACACUGCUGUGCUCACUUGCCUGUGCUGGGUGUCCCUGGGGACAGCCAGGUCUGGCUGUGGCUGCUGUUGCUGCACAAGAGUCACUCUGGCAUCUCUACAGAGCUGCUCGUGUCUGACUGAGUUAGAGUGAAGGUCUGCUUCCAAGAGCUGCCUGCCUCUCAAACCAGUUGAAAGAAAGAGAAAGCUGAGCUUUUUAAUAAAUAAGCUAGCAUCUGCUUUGGCUGAAUUUAAUUUAGUGUAAUUUAUUUAACUUGCGAUGGGUAAAAUUCAAGGUCACCAUGCAGGUGUCUGACUUUCGUGGCUAAAAUCCCACCCUUGAACAGUCACUGCUGUGUGAAUGACGGUGGAGCUCCAGCCCUGUGUGCCCCAAAAUGUCAGCAGGCAGGUCCUUCUUAUCCAGAUACAGCAGCUCCUGCAAUGCCGUGGGAGCAGGGAGCAGGGAGGGAGCCCCUAGUGCCAUAUUCCACCCUCUUGCCUCUGACCUGCCCUUUCCUGGCACUGCUGUGUCCGAGUGGGCUCUCAGCUCCGUGGGAAACGCUCUGUGCUCUGGAUCAUGGUCUUGAUGACUGCAGCUGCAGGAGCCAAGAUGUUUUCAUCUCUCUCCCGUGUCUAGUGACAAUCAUGAAUGCUGUAGGGCUGUAGACUUGUCUUACACCCUGCAAAGAUGGUGGCUUCUGUUAAGCUGUCUCUCCUGGUCAGCUCAUCCUUCUUACGCUUUUUGGGGAGCUCAUCACAGAAGCCCCAUCCAUCCUCCCACAGUGGAGGGUGGAUUGUGGCAGGAAAAGGAGCUGCCUUGGGAAGCUCUCUAGCUCCUGCCAGCCAGAGUGAUGAUGGUGCUUAUACCUGUGGUUGUCAGCAAAGAGGGGAAGGGACACAUGGCCUUCCAAAUCUCUGCUGUCCCUCUCAGUAGCAUGCCUAAGAGGCAUGUGUAAGUAGAGCAAGAGUGCUUGUGCUUUUUUUUUUGGAGCAGAAUUGGCUGGUAAAUGUAGUUUGUUGGGUAGGUUUUAUCUGCUAGAUAUUUUUUGAGCCCUGAAGAGGAGUAUGUCUGCAAUGACUUCUUAAAAGCAGAUCUUGGUUACAAAAAUGAUGUAGUGAGGCUAAUGGGAAAAAGAGCACUUCUGAACCAGAUUUCAGUGACUUAGCUUGCAGCACUUCAGCAGAAAGAAGAGAUUCCCUAUAAUUCUUAGGGGAAAAGCUGUUAUUUUCACCAGAAAAAUAUGGAUUAUUUCCUGAUACUUUAUAAAUACUGCACAGAAAAUUAUAUUGAGGGGAUAAACUUUUCUACCUCUCUUUUAUUUACACCAUGAAUUCAAGAUCAUGCUAUAAGCAGACAGUUUUUUUAAAAGUAGUUUGUUUUGUUAAAGUUCAUGCUCAGCAAGUCUUUGAAGCAGUUGAGUUCAAGCAUUUGGGUUUUAAUUAAUCUGCCAAUAGCACUAUUACAGAUACUCAUACACUCAGUACUUUCUCAAAGCUUGGAUUUUAUUCCAAGGUACACAUUAUUCUCUAUGCAGGAAAUAAACAUGCAUAAAUAAACAUGCCUAUGACUCAUGUAGGUCGAGUGCUUUUCUCAAAUGCAUGAUAUUGGCUCUUAAAGAAAUUACUAAGAUGUGUUCUUUAUUGCUGUGGGUCUUGCCUUCACUCUUCUGUGUAGGUUCUCAUUGGUUUGCUCCCCUACAGGAUGCUAAACCUGCAGCCGGUGUAGUCAGGUUACGUGCAGGAGCUGAGAGUCCACCCCCAUAAUUACUGCUAAUAAAUUUGAAUUUCAGUGACACAUUGUGUUUCUGAGAAAAUUGUUUCCUGCACUGGAAGUAGAGGAGUGCAGUUUCUGAAUGCUCUCAUAUGAUUUCAUUAGGAAAGACUGUUGCAUAGCCUGCUGGAAGGCACUUGGAGAGCAAAAAAAGCUAAAGAGCUACAAUUCCAUAGCAUCUCAGUAUUGCUGGUGAAGUUAAUGGCUUGUUUUCUGAGCAGGAGAAAGGUUGUGGUGUUGGAUAGGCAGACUUCACCCUGAGCAUCAUAAGACUUCUUAGGCUGUAGUGGUUAUGUACAUUUUUAAUUUAUUGGUGACUUACCGGGAUUUUUAUAAUGUUCAUUCCUUCUUGAUUUAACUAAGCUCAGGAAAUGUAAACAGAUUAGAACAUGCUAGUUUCUGUUUUUAUAGCCAGUCAUUAAAAUGUAAAAAGAUUAACACUGCAUUGACUCUGUUUACUACUGUUGAUGUAUCUGGACAAUUUUGUUGUAUAUAAAUGAGCCUAAAUUCACUUGGAGUAAUUUGGACCCUGCUUUUCUCAGGAUUCUGAUUAUAAUGAAGAGGGCUUAUAAGGCUUCAACAUUUGUUGUUCUUAGAUCUUCUUAUUUGAAUCCACACAAGCUGUGUAUCAUAGGUUUUGUUGCCUAAAGCAUGUUUCUUGCUACAAGUCACUUUGCUUGACAGGCAAAACCCUCCAGCUGUUGCAUCCAGCUUGUCUGCCAUGCAGCCUUUUAACACUCUUGUGUUGUGGGAGUGCAAAAGGAUAGAAAUAAGGAAAAUAAUGAGAUUCUUCACUAUGGUGAGUGCGUUUUCAGUGUCUUAAUCAUCUGUGACAUUUCUUUAAAAUUACUGUUGUGUUCCCUACAGCAACUUUUAAAUGGUGCCAGACAGCCUUGUCUUGAGGGUUAGACAUGUUUAUCAGAAAAGCUCUUGCCAUCCUGAUGGCUUGUUUGUAUUCUUUGGAUUGCAUUGAAGCUCCAGUUGCAGAUGUGUACAGUUAGUGUAGAGUUUGCCUAAUAAACGUUCUGUUUCUUAUUUUUGUGUUGAAUCCUUGUGUUUGGUUCAGUUAGUACCAAGGAAAUUAAACCUGUUUGAUGUGAGUGUAUGUAUCAUCCUUACACAACCACAGUAUGAGCCAUGUUAAGCUUUUUUACUGUAAUAUAUUUGCUGUAAAUAAAAUGUAAAACCCUUGCAUAACCCA